UUCACCUGGUUGUUGCGUGUUACUUUGCCUCCACGUCACGGUGGCGCUACACCUGGGAUGCGGGAAGCUGCGCACUUCUAGCGGAGCGCUUGGAGAGAAAAGGGGCGGAUCCUGUUCACAGGUCAACAACGGCCAGGUUUCGGGUGGUUUAUAAGUUGGAGAUAAGAUGAGUCGUGUGUAACAUGUUGAGCAGCAGACAAGUAGGUUGCGUGAUGUUGAGAACCGCAGGAGUAGUAAAGUGAUCUCCGGAUGAGAGGAAGGUAGAUUUCUGCAGCACCUUUACUCACAGGUUGUGACACCUGUACCUGGACUGAAUUCUCCUAGCUGAUAAAAAACAUUUCCUGGAAAUGGACCUCGGAGUGGUGGUGUGCUGCUGUCUCAUUGCAGUGCUGCUGGCUUUGCUGUUUGCUGCUUCCAGACUGGGCUUGCUUUACCAGCUGUUUCAUCAGACUGACAGGAAGAGUCCUCGGCACGGAGGCGAGAGUGUGGCAGAGGUGCUUCAGGCUCAUGGCAUCAAGUUUGUUUUCACGUUGGUUGGUGGACACAUCUCUCCAAUCCUGGUGGCAUGUGAGAAACUGGGGAUCCGUAUUGUGGACACGCGUCAUGAAGCCACAGCUGUGUUUGCUGCGGACGCAGUAGCAAGACUCUCUGGUACAGUAGGUGUGGCUGUAGUAACAGCGGGACCAGGCCUUACUAACACAGUUACGGCAGUGAAGAAUGCUCAGAUGGCUGAGUCACCUUUGCUUUUGAUGGGUGGAGCAGCUUCCACUUUGCUACAGGGUCGAGGAGCUUUACAGGACAUUGAUCAGAUGUCCCUUUUCAAGCCACUCUGCAAGUUCUGUGUGUCUGUUAGGCAUGUGAGGGAGAUCGUGCCCACUGUGAGAAAGGCCCUGGCUAUUGCUCAGUCUGGCACACCAGGUCCUGUAUUUAUCGAGUUCCCCAUAGACACUCUUUAUCCAUAUCAUCUCGUAGAGAAAGAGAUGUCUCCUAAAAGCACUCCUAAGGGAAUCGUUGGAAAAGUUACUGCAUGGUACCUUCACAAUCAUCUAACCAACCUUUUUGCUGGAGCAUGGGAAGUAAGGGACCUCUCCCCUCUACCUGUGCAGGUACCUAAAGCAACAGACGAGGAGGUGCAAAGGUGCAUAGAGCUGGUGAGCAGGGCUCAGAAGCCAGUGAUCGUGUUAGGCAGCCAGGCAACACUGCCACCAACACCUGUCACAGAUGUCAGAAAAGCUCUGGAGUCUUUAGGCAUUCCCUGCUUCCUAGGUGGGAUGUCCAGAGGGAUGCUGGGUAAAGACAGCCUUCUGCAUAUCAGACAGAACAGAAGAGAUGCCCUAAAAGAGGCGGAUUUGGUGCUGCUAGCGGGCACGGUGUGUGACUUUAGACUGAGUUACGGCAGAGUGCUGAACAGACGCAGUAAAAUUAUCGCAGUCAACCGAGACAAGACUCAGCUCCUGAAGAACUCUGACUUGUUCUGGAAGCCCACAGUGGCUAUUCAGGGCGACGUUGGUUCCUUCUUGCUGCAGCUGUCUAAGGGCUUGGUGGGACACAAAUGUCCUGAAGAAUGGAUUCAGUGCCUGAAGGAGCAGGACAAAACAAAAGAGAAGGCAAACAGAGACAAGGCAAAUGAGAAGACAGAAAGGCAUCUGAACCCCCUGAGUGUCCUGCACUGUGUGGAUGAGCUCCUGGGGGAAGACAGUAUCAUUGUUGCAGAUGGAGGAGACUUUGUAGGCAGUGCUGCUUACAUAAUGAGACCACGAGGACCCCUGUGCUGGCUGGACCCAGGGGCUUUUGGGACUCUUGGUGUUGGUGGAGGGUUUGCCCUGGGAGCAAAACUCUGUCAUCCUGAUUCAGAGGUGUGGAUUGUUUAUGGUGAUGGUUCCCUAGGUUACAGCGUGGCGGAAUUCGAUACUUUUACCAGACACAAGACUCCUGUAAUUGCACUAGUGGGAAAUGAUGCUUGUUGGAGUCAGAUCUCCAGGGAACAGGUGCCCCUUCUUGGCAGUAAUGUCGCUUGUGGCCUUGCAUUUACAGAUUAUCACAUUGUUGCCAAUGGCUAUGGUGGCAAAGGUUACCUGAUUGGCCGUGAAGACGAGGCGCGUCUUGAAAACAUUGUUAAAAAAGCACAAAGAGAGUGUAAAGAGGGCAAGGCAGUGUUACUUAAUGUACUCAUUGGGAAAACCAACUUCAGAGAAGGGUCUAUUUCUGUGUAGAGACCCCGUGUGUGGCCCUGACUGAAAUCCUGAAAGCCUUUCACCUGCUGGUGCUUCGUGUGUUGAAACACUGUGCACUGAGCAUUAAAGACAGGAGUAGACGGGUUAAAAAACAGAUGAAGACUGGAAAUCUGCAUGGCUUUAGUGCUGAUCAUUUCAAAGUCAUUACUGUUUUCAGCUAAGGAGGUUUUUCCUCUUUUUAUGCUUUAUUAAUAUUUUUUUAGAAAGAUAUCUUGAAGAUUUACUGUUUGUAUUAGCUAAAAAGUAAAGACUGGAUUUUAAGUAAUAACCAUUAGAUAAAGACUUUUAAGCAUUUCAAGAUUAAGGGACUUGAUUGAUGUCUUUAGAUUUUUUCUUAUAUUAUUUUGUUUGUAAUAAUUAAACUGUUAGUAAUAUUGAGAGACGAGAAAGAGAUAUGCAAUAAUAGUAUUAAUGCUAUUGACAAAAAAGUAGGACUGAAUUAUGUGUUGAAAUAUUUUACUCUACACGUGUAAACCAGAAUAGUGCACAGCUCACUAAGUUCAGGUUCAUGUUUAAUUUCACAUUUGUAACAUCCUAAUUAAGUUUAAUUAAACAAUCAGCAGUUGAUUGAGGAAGGAAUCGAUACAUUCGAUGAUGGACGAAAAUAAUAAAUGCAACCAGACCAUCUUACAGUAGUACAUUUGGUCAGAUCACAAUAUUAGUGUUGCAGUUGUACUUAAAUACAUUGGUCAGUAAGUGAAAGCCUCUCCCAAACCUUUACUGUUCUAGCAAUCAGUAAUGAAAAGCUUAGUCUAUUCUGUGUGAGGGAGAAAUAAAGUUUGGAAGCAUGAAACAUUG